AUGGAAACACGUCACUAUUGGGAAGAAAACGGACAUCCCGUUAAAUAUGACAAUUACAACUCUAACGACGGCUUCGGUCGCGCGGGGGAGCUCAACUUCGCGGCCCCGUCCGAGGACGAGGCGGAAUAUGCUUCCGGCACAUACAAGAAGGGGAAGGUCUCGAGGCAAGAUCCGAUGUCUCAUCGAAUAAUCGAGAAGCGUCGCCGUGACCGAAUGAACAACUGUCUUGCCGAUCUCUCGCGGCUCAUACCGACCGAGUACCUUAAAAAAGGUCGUGGCCGGGUCGAAAAGACCGAGAUAAUAGAAAUGGCCAUCCGCCAUCUCAAGUUUCUACAAGAUCGCGUCAACGCGGAGCGUCACGGGGCGGAAUUCCGGAGUGGGUACCAGGAGGCUGUGGCGGAGGCGCUCAGAUUCUUGGUGGAAGUGCAGGGCUUCGGCCCGGGAGAUGGGCUGUGCGUGCAGAUGGCCUCGCAUUUGCAGAGGCACUGUGAAGUAGUUACUAAAGUAGAGCCAGGAAAUCGAGAGAAGCCGCGGUCCCACAUCGGGUCAUCAUCAGAGACCGCAAGCUCGUCCAGCAGCUCGCACGGGUUCGCGGUGAAGGUGAUACAACGGCCUGAGCCACCGCCGGCCUUCUCGGAGCCCUACGAGGAACGCCCAGUCGAGCCUUAUUCUAUGGAAUGUGAUAGAAUGUCUAUGGCUUUGCAAUGCGCGGCAGGUGAAGAGACAGACGCACGUGUCUCGCGCGACGCGCUGCGUAAAGUGCGCAAGCCCGAGCACGGCGACGACUAUCUACACUCCUACAAGUUUAAAAACUCCAUUGAAAGAAGGUUCUCCAGGUCACAGGACUCAGAGGUGGCAGACCCGCGAUCGGGCGCGCCGCACAAGGCGUACUCGCACAAGCGCCGGCGCGCCGCCAAGCCCGCCUCCAUGUCCGCCUCCACUUCUACCUCUACCUCCAACUCCAACUCCGCCUCCAACUCUGCCUCCAACUCUGCCUCGGGCUCCACGGAGGAGGCACGGGACACCUCGCCACAGGAGCUGUCGAGGUCGUCGCCGCACCAGCACCAGUACGACAAGCCGCCCGCGCAGUACGUGCCCGUGUUCGCGCUCAACGCGCUCGGUAAGUACUACGUGCCGCUGAGCGUGGAGUACGCGUGCGUGGCGCGGCAGCUGGGCGCGCUGGAGGAGCGCCCGCUCGCCGCGCUGCACCCCGUCACCAUACACGUCAACUUCCAGCCCUGCCUCGACUGCCGCGUCAAGCGCGAGCCCGACGCGCGCUGGCGCCCCGCGCAC